CCUCAAGGAAGAUACACUCAUUCAUGGGGAUACCUUAACACAACAAUGAAGAAACUGACCUGCUAUCUAUGGGUCCUACUUUUAUUCAAUAAAGGUGCCUCAUGUGACAACGAUACCGAUGUAUGUGAUUCGAACCCAUGCCAGAAUGGAGGGUCAUGUGAGAAGAGUUUUUCCAGUUACACGUGCCACUGUUCAAAUGAGAACCAAAACGGCAUCAGGUACGGGGGCCCAAACUGCACCGAGGCCCUGGUAGGCUGCAGGGGGCACCAGUGCCGUAAUGAGGGAACAUGCUUCCCAUUCCUGAGUGACGAACUGCAUGGCUACCAGUGCUUAUGUCCUGGUGGCUUUACAGGCUCCUACUGCCAAGAAUCCACCACAUUCUCCUUUGAGACCGAUGGUUACGUCCACCUUGAGACAUCAGUCCCAGAUACAAAAGCAGACUUGAACAUGACCCUCAGCUUUAGAACCGCGCAAGGUGAUGGACUGCUGUUUCAGCGAGAUGUUGGAGGAUUACUCCUUAGGCUGCAGCUGCUCAUGAGCCACCUGCAUCUCAGCCUUCAGGAGGACAGUGAACCUGCAGCAUCAUUGGCGCUGCCACAGAACGUGACCGACGGCUGGUGGCACACCGUUGAGAUCAUCCUGGGGCAGGAAAGACUAAGUAUUGGUCUAUUGGAUUCCUCGUGUCAGGAGGACUGCGAGAAGCAAAUGGCUGUGAAGAGCAACCGGACCAAGCUGGAACUGACACGUUGCGGCAUGUUCAUCGGUGGGGUCCGGGGGGAGAGUGGAGCCGGCCUGCCCCAUUUUAUCGGCUGCCUGCGGGACCUGCACGUCGACAACGUCACACUGGUGCCGGUCCAUUGGCCGAAGGGGUCCGCAGAAAGCCUCACCCAUGGGUGCAUAGAGAGGGACCAGUGUGUGGACGACCCAUGCCAGAGCAGGGGUAGAUGCCAUAAUCAGUGGCCGAGCUACAAGUGUGAGUGCGACAGUCCCUUUGAAGGGCAAGAUUGCUCAGAGGAGAAUAUGGCUGGGAGGUUUGGGGAUGGAGGUCUGGAAAGCUACGCUGUUUUCACUAUUGAUGACAACCCCGGACGGAACAUGGUGCUCAGCAUGUUGGUGCGCACACGCAGGCGGAGCGGACUGCUGUUCGCCCUCGCCAACACCACCAGCCCCUACCUCCGGCUAUGGCUGCAGGGCGGCAAAGCCAGAGUGCAGGCCGAUCAGGCCCCGAGCCUCACGGGGCGGCUGGCGCUGAGCGACGGGGCGCUUCAUCACGUAGCCGUGAGAGUACAGCAGGACCAAAUGGCGCUUUUCCUGUCGUCCCAGAAGCAGGGGGAGCUCUCUGUUUCCAUGCCGCCGGUUCGGUCAGGAGACGCGGUUUACCUCGGGGGACUGACAGACCGGCGCUCCAGCGCCUCUUUUGGUGGUUAUUUCAAAGGAUGCAUCCAGGACGUACGGAUAAACUCCCGGCGCCUCCAGCUCUAUCCCACAGGCAGGCCACCGAGCUCCUAUGCCCUGGAGCGCCUUGUCAACGUAACGCGAGGCUGUGCAGGCGACAGCACCUGCAGAAAUAAUCCGUGUCAGAAUGGGGGGGUGUGCUAUCCCACGUGGGACGGCUACAAGUGCUCCUGCCCCGCGCACGCUGCCGGCCGGCACUGCGAAGAGGCGGCGUGGUGUGAGCUGUCCCCCUGUCCGCCAGCCGGGCUCUGCCAGCCCAGAGCACAGGGCUUCGAGUGUUUUUCCAAUGCAACGUUUUACGAUGACAGCGAUGUCAUUUCUUACAAAGGCAAUGGCAAGAUCUCUCGAACUCUCAGCUACAUCUCUUUCAGGAUUCGGACAAGGAAGCUCAACUGUGUCAUUCUGCAUGCCGAGAGGGGCCCUGAAUUUGUCACGGUCUUCAUCCGAAACUCUUACCUCCUGUUGGAGUUGGUGACUGGCCCAGACCCCUCCCUCAAACUGACCCUGAAGAGCCAGCACGCCAUCAGCGAUGGCGAAUGGCACUCGGCGGAGUUCUCUAUGCUGGACCCCUCAUUGCCAUCUUCCAAAUGGAUUGUCAACGUUGACGGCAAAAGGACAAUCUCCAUCGUCAGAUCUGGGAACCUCGAUUUCCUGAAGGACGAGGCUGACAUUUUCUUGGGCGGCUUUGGAGUCGACGUCGGCGGUAGCCUUGCCGGGUGUCUGAGUACAGUGGAAGUUGGCGGAAUAGCGCUACCCUACCAUGGGAACAGUGAGGUGAACAUACUAAGGGUCCAAGAUGAGCAGUUCCUCAAGACAUCCCCCAGACCAGUUCUUGGUGGUUGCUCGGGGGCUGAUGCCUGCGUGCCCAACCCUUGCCUGAAUGGCGGCGUUUGUCUGGACCUUUUUAACCUCUUCAGCUGCACUUGCCCGUCAGGCUGGAUGGGACCACGUUGUGAACUCCGCACAAACCCAUGCUCCAUCAAUCCAUGUGCCCAUGGCAACUGCAGCAUUCACUCCCUGGGGUACCAGUGCAUCUGUGAUACUGGUUAUACUGGGGUUAACUGCGAGGAGAAGACAGACCCCUGUCUGCACCAUCAGUGUUCAUACGGAGCAACUUGCCUCAGAGGAAUCCAUGACUACUCUUGCCAGUGCCGUGAUAACAGCACUGGAAAAUACUGUCAUGAGAAGAUUAAAGAACUUCCUUGGUAUAUAGACAAGAUCCGGUAAGCGAUGCAUAACCUUGUGUGUGUUUUGCAUUUCGGCUUUUCGGAUACUGAAUACCUCGUCCCGCAUUUCAUUUAACUUGUUACGACGCAUCGGAUUUCCAGCCGCCUGAAGCUUCCGGUGUCCGUCUGUGGAAAUGAGCAAAGGAACUACACGUGUUUCAAUGGAGGUAACUGUACCGACGGCACUGCAAGUAUGUGCAGCUGCCAGCUGGGUUUCACAGGUCACCGGUGCGAGACAGAGCUGGACGAGUGCAGAACCUCUUCCAAUUGCUCUCCUACCUGGUCCUACGUCUUGAAGACGACGCAGAAGUUGAAUGGGGGGUCGACGACGAAUGACACAGUCACCAUAUGUCGAUCGAUGUUUUAACGUACGUUUAUUUAUGUCAAAUGACACCAAAUUUAAGUAUUCAUGGAUUAUCCUAUAGUACAAAAUGGGAUUUAGAAACUGUUUAUUAAUGUGAUAAUGUCAUGUUACACCUGUAAAUGCUCAUUUGAAUACCUUUUUUAAUAUGAAUAUUUUGAAUAUAGUUGCUUGGCAAUAUAACUACAAUAAUGUGCUGUAGUUUUAUUUUGUAAUAUCAAACAAAACAUAAUUACAAAAAGUAAUUAUUACGUAUAAAAAGUAACAGUAACCUUGUCUUGCAAAACCAGUU